AAAGAAGGGAGCAUCCCUUAGCUAAAUUCAAUCUUCCUUAUAGCAGCCAUUUGGAGUUAAGAGUCUAGACUCCUGUACACGGAGCCACAGCAAAACGAGAUAGUCCAGUUUUAAAGAGAUUCUUCUCAUAUGUUCAUUCACUGCUAACAAAGUAAGAAGAGAUAGUAAUAACAAAAAAAUGGGUUUAAUUGCUGCACUAGGUGUUCUAAUUCCUUUCCCAUUUUACUAUUUUCUAUGGACUAAUCCACAGAAAUGGGUGGAAUUAUGUGGGAAAGGAAGAGAUCCAUCAAAAAUCAUGGCUCAAAUUUCUCAUUUCUUUAAAUUAAUUCAGUUUAUCUCAUUAUUCUCGGUUUCUUCUUCUUUUUCCUGGCCUCCUCCUCUAUACUUUUGGCCUCUCUUCAUCUUUGGUCAGUUCCUCAACUUCAGGGUGUAUCAGUUACUUGGUGAAGCCGGCACAUAUUAUGGAGUACGUUUCGGGAAGACUAUUCCUUGGGUGACAGAAUUCCCUUUUGGAUACAUAAAAGAUCCACAGUAUGUUGGAAGCGUAAUGAGUCUUCUUGCAUGUUUAUCCUGGGUCCCCUUCCAGUACAUACUUCUUUGGAUACUUGGCUAUGUGUUCAUGAUCUGGGUGGAGUCCAAAGAAGAUCCAGCUACACGUGCAAAGCCACUCUCCUGAACUUCUUCUGGGCGAGCUCUGUGUUACAUAUAACUCUGAAAACUGUGAGUUUAGGUAGCUUCCCUUUUCUUUUUUGUUGUUUCGUACAUCUUGGUAGUGUGCACAUUAUGGAAUUCGUAUUGCAAAAUGAGAUUUAGAUUUUUCUCAGUUAGUUUCUGAAUUUAGUUUUAUUUUGUAUCUCUCA